CACAGACCCACAGCCGACUGCUCCUCGUCAGUUCCACGGUCCACGCCAGCUGCUUGUAACAUUUGGAUGAAAACAAGCCGCGGAGACGCUGACCUUUUUUAUUUGGAGGAGCGGCUUUGUGUGAACGCAGGCAGCUGUCACCUAAACCAAGUUCUUAGAAGUUGACACAGCGGCGUGAAUUCCAGUGUUGGGCAACUUGGAGCAAAGGCCGUCGUCUCAGCUGUCCCCCCCACCCCCUCACUUCGCCUCAGGUCCAAGGGACACCAAGUGAAGCUUGUAGCACAUUUGGCUCUGUUAUCGCUGUUAGGAGUCAACAACCUUCCGGCUAUCUGGCUUGUCUCCUGUCAGCCAGACGUUAAACUCUUAUUGCCGCUCUGGAUUAUGUGCCAUCCCCUUUGUUUUUUGUACCUUUAAGGAACGAUUCAAAAGUUUGAGGAAUUCUGUGAGAAAGCAUCAGCGCAGCUAAAGCCAACAGUUGAACUGAAUGUUGCUUUGAGUUUUAGUUCCGGCCUUAUUUUUCCAUUUCUGCAAAGAGGAUUCCUUCGCUUUGAAAAGUGCCACCAUGUUGGAGCUCAGCGCAACGCCACUCCCAGCAACGAGGAGGAAUUUGGAUCCAAGUAUCUUGUGAUGCCUUAAUGAACCAUUUAAAAAGACUUCUCUGUUAAACCUGAUAGCUUUUCUGUAGUCCCCCCCCCGCUUUAAACCCUUACUUUAUUUAACCCGUCUGCAUGAGGUGCAGGGAUGCCGCAUCACGCCGUGCGCAGUUCAUGAGAGAGGGGUUUCAUGUGGAGCAGAGCGGGAAGGUAGGAAAUGACAGAGUGCCUGACAGAAUGCAAGGCGCUGGUGACUCCAUCCACGCGCAACGGUCACCGCGUCUUCAGCUACACGCUGGAGAGCCACACGGCGGCGGCCUUCGCCAUCAUGAACGAGCUGCGCCUGGAGAGGCAGCUGUGUGAUGUCACCCUCCGCGUGCGCUACAAGGACCUCGAGGCGGUGGACUUCGUGGCUCACAAGGUGGUGCUGGCCUCAUCAUCGCCCGUCUUCAGGGCCAUGUUCACCAACGGCCUGAAGGAGUGUGGCAUGGAACUGGUUCCCAUCGAAGGGAUUCACCCCAGAGUCAUGGACCGACUGAUCGAGUUCGCCUACACUGCCAGCAUCUCCGUGGGGGAGAAGUGCGUCAUCCACGUGAUGAACGGAGCCGUCAUGUACCAGAUAGACAGCGUGGUCAAGGCCUGCUGCGACUUCCUUGUACAGCAGCUUGACCCUAGCAACGCCAUUGGCAUUGCGAGCUUCGCAGAGCAGAUCAGUUGCACAGAGCUCCACCAGAAGGCCAGAGAGUACAUCUACAUGAACUUCAGCCAGGUUUCGACCCAGGAGGAGUUCUUUAACCUGUCCCAGUGUCAGCUGGUCAACCUCAUCAGCCGCGACGAGCUCAACGUACGUUGCGAGUCCGAGGUCUUCCACGCCUGUGUGGCCUGGGUGCACUACGACCAGGAGAACCGCCGGCCGUACGUCCAAGCCUUGCUCCAGGCUGUCCGCUGCCAUUCCCUCACUCCCAACUUCCUGCAGACUCAGCUCCAGUCUUUGGACUGGGACCCUCAGUGUAAAGACUACUUGGCUCAGAUCUUCCAGGACCUCACACUCCACAAACCCACCAAAGUGGUUCCUUGCCGAACGCCCAAGGUCCCGCAGCUCAUCUACACAGCCGGCGGGUAUUUCCGUCAGUCUCUCAGCUACCUGGAGGCCUACAACCCCUGUACGGGAUCCUGGCUGAGGCUGGCCGACCUGCAGGUUCCCCGCAGCGGGCUGGCGGCCUGCGUGAUCAGCGGACUGUUCUACGCAGUCGGCGGCAGAAACAACGCGCCGGACGGGAACAUGGACUCCAACGCUCUGGACUGCUACAACCCUAUGAACAACUGCUGGCUUCCUUGCGCGCCCAUGAGCGUUCCCAGGAACCGGAUCGGGGUUGGCGUCAUCGAUGGCAUGAUUUAUGCCGUUGGCGGAUCACACGGAUGCAUCCAUCAUAACAGCGUGGAAAGGUAUGAUCCGGAGCGAGACCAGUGGCAGCUGGUGGCCCCGAUGUUAACGAGGCGAAUAGGAGUGGGCGUCGCAGUGAUUAACCGGCUUCUUUACGCCGUCGGGGGCUUCGACGGCGCCAACCGGCUCAGCUCCUGCGAGUGCUACUACCCCGAGCGGGACGAGUGGAGGACCAUGGCGCCCAUGAACACCGUGCGGUCUGGAGCUGGUGUGUGCGCUCUGGGCAAUCAAAUCUUUGUAAUGGGCGGAUAUGACGGCACCAACCAGCUGAACACUGUGGAGCGCUACGAUGUGGAAACGGACACGUGGAACUUCGCCGCCUCCAUGGGGCACAGGCGCAGUGCGCUGGGAGUCACCGCAUUACAUGGCCGCAUUUAUGUGUUAGGAGGCUACGAUGGCAACACUUUCCUGGACAGCGUGGAGUGUUAUGACCCAGAGACAGACAGCUGGUCUGAGGUGACGCACAUGACAUCAGGGCGGAGUGGCGUGGGUGUGGCCGUCACCAUGGAGCCAUGCCAGAAGGGUCUGCCUCAAUCUCAAAAGUCCGAGAGCAGCGACGGGUCAAACCAGAUUCAGUCCACCAGCUCGGAUUUUAGCCACUGCGGGUCUUACAGCAAAGGCACAUGA